AUGUCAGACGGUGCUUCCUCCCCACAGAAGCGGAGGGACUUGUAUUUUAAAGUAGUGAGCCUUAACCUCUAUGACCCCACGAUAGACCCGCACGACCCCAAGCUGCUCCUGCACCUCCUCAUGGCCAAGGAGCUCUUCUGCACUGCUCUGCCGCGUAUGCCUCGGGACUACAUAACCAGACUCGUCUUCAACACUAGCCACGAAACGGCAUGCCUUCUACAGUAUCCCCACGACCCCGGCACGUCACCACUGGUCGCUGCCAUAUGCUACAGGACGUUUCCAGACGUGCGCAUCGCAGAAAUAGCCUUCUGUGCGGUUUCGAUCACGCGGCAGUACUCCGGCCUCGGGCACUGCAUUAUGAAUUACCUCAAGGAGAAUAUAAAGAAGCGUGGGUACACGGACAUUGUUACCUAUGCAGACAACGCUGCUCUGGAGUACUUUUAUAAACAAGGUUUCUCAAAGAACAUCACGAUGCCGGAAGCCAUCUGGUACGGUAGAGUUAAGCAUUAUGACCAAGCAAUCUUCGUGCAAUGCCCUCUUUAUAGAAACAUUGAUUAUACUAAGGUUAUGCAACGCCUCCGGCGACAGCGAGAACUGACUCUGAAGCGGAUAGGUGUGGCUCCUAGCGCAUUUCCCGAGGCACUAAAAGGCAAGGGAUACGUUUCUGUAGAAGAUCUAGUAAAGAAUGUCACUUCGUUCCGGCAAGUUGUAGAGCUUAUAAAGAAAGACCCGCAAGAGGUUUAUCAGACCAUUGAAGAAAGCAUAAGCACCCGCGAAGAGAUCCAGCGGUGUAACAGCGCUGCAUUGUAUGCUGUUGUCGUCGAGGCAGGCAAGGCAUAUGCUCUCCCCUUUCUGGAGCCCCCUCCGGCAACAGAGUGGGCGCCAAACAUAGUACACAACGACCUACAGAUCAUGAUAGACAAGUGCCGAAGUUUCUUCUAUAGAACACGGGGCAUCUUCGCUGAGCACGCGAAAUCCUUGUGGCAACGGUGCUUGACCUUUAAUGGGGAUGCUUCUGAUCGUACAAAGCUUGCCUACGAGUUGUACCAAGGCCUGCUGGCCUCGUUUGAUUGGGGUUACAAGCAGUAUGUUGAAGAGACUUCCCACGAUGACCUAGGAUACUGUUACCCGGAGCUGCAGGCGCAGAAUGACACCUCUGUAUGCGCUGCUGCCAUGGAAGAGGCUUGUCCGGACGUAGAACAGGCCUUUGCCGACCUUGGUUUCUGA